AUGUCGAACGACCUUACGCCAGUAAGCAAUGACAGCAGGGGCAUUCAUCAUGGUAUCGAGGAGGCGGUCCAUAUGAUGUGGGACAACCGGUACGUGGAGGCGGAGGAGCAACUUGCUCCCUACAAAGAGGUGCAUCCACGCUACGCACUGGAGUUUGCCAACAAAUAUCUUGUGGAGACACUGAUGAACUCCACCAAUGAGAGCAGGGAGAAACUCAUGGAAUUAUUCAAAGUGGCCGAUUCACGUGCCUCAGCUGCCAAAUAUGGCGAACCUAUGUUUUGCCUGGGUGAUGAAAAUGACGAUGAGGAAGAGUCCAAUGCGAUCCUGAAAGGGCCUGGUCGGUCUGAUCGUAAGAAAGAAAAGAAGGCUUUCAACGGCCGUCGCCGAGCCGCUCAAAAGGCUGGGGAAUUUUUUGACGACACGUGGAAGCUAGAGUGUGAUGUCAUCUACGCGGAUGCUUUGCUGAUGCGCUCCGUAGGCCAGCUCAUGAUGAACUCCUAUUUGAAGGGUGGUAUCAACCUCCGCAGGACGUGGGGCAUAUACCAUAAACUAAUACAAACUGUGGAGGCCGACAAGGAUAAUCGGAUCCCCAAAGAACUGAAGAUGUGCAUAAAAUACGGCACAGGAACAUUCUAUGCAUUUCUUGCCCUUGUACCUGCCAACUUGAUGAAGCUNCUUAACGUUAUUGGCUUCAUAUCGGACAAGGAGCUUGGUGAGGAAUACCUUACCGAGGUUUUUGAGAGCAAUGGGAUUCGCUCUCCUUUUGCAGCCCUCGUAUUGUGCACACUUUAUCUUUUUCUUCCUACAGGCAUUGGGCGUGUGGAGGAAACACUUCAAAAGGCGAAGCACGUUCUGGACACAAUGAACAAACGGUACGAGCAUAACACGUAUUUCUAUGGUUAUUCCAAUUUUUACCACCGAAAAAAGGGCGAAACAGUUGAAGCUUUGCAGGCCAUUGAAAGAGCCGCUGCAAAUGCUGAGAGGGCUGGACUUGUGCCUCUACUUAUCCGCUAUCUACAUGCCGAUACGCUCUUUAUGGACCUCCGCUUUGCUGAGGCAAAAGAAAAAUAUGCGGCACUUCUAAGCCACCUCUCUGCGACGAAGGAGACCUUCGCAUACACGGGUCAGGUGGUGCUGUCACUCGCAGCCUGUUAUGUGAUGCUUGGUGAUGAUGCAAAGGCGAUGGAGUGGUUACGAAAAGUAGGCUCAAUGUAUAACUCCAGAUCCAAGAAUGAUGCCAACUCUCCAAAGUUUGCGGCGCGUGUCAUCGCAAACCAACGGCUAUUACCACUUUGUGGUGUGUAUAUGCUGUAUAUCAAUCGUGACCUUGCGCAUAUGAAGGUUGAACAGGCAGAGCGCGUUCUGAACGAAUUGCACCGGGUAACUGAGGGACGCGAUUUGAGUGGACCUGAAGCUGAAAACAUGUAUACUCUGUUUGUGGGGGUCAUACAGAAGGGCUGCGAUCGCACCGAGGAGGCGCUUAAGUGCAUGGAGAAGAUAUUUGCUAAUGAGAAGCGUAUACCAAGCGAUUCUAUGAUUUUGCCAUACACCUAUUAUGAAACCGGUGAGCUCGAAUACCGACGUGGCAAACUAGAAAGAGCAAAGGAACUCUUCACAAAGGGUCAGUCUAUUAAAGGAGACGGAAAUGAAACACUGGCCAACCGAUACAACAUUGCGUUGAAACAACUAAAACGCGCAAUGGAGGGAAAAAAGUAA